UGAGGAGGCCGGACAUUCGAGAGCGGCCGGUGCACAGCUCGGGAGUCCGCAGCGCUCCGCUCCAGCUCUCCUGAGGCGGCCGUACAAUCCUCGGCAGUGUCCUGAGACUGUAUGGUCAUCUCAGCGGCCGCACUCGCUUGUCCCCGGAUUUUUUCCAACUUGCUCUCUUCGAACCACCGUUUUCUUUUUUUGUUGUUGUUGUUGGUUUUGGUGGUUGGUUUUGUUUUGUCAGAUCCCAGAAAAGUGACUCCAGUUCGGGGAUAAACGGAACUUCAGGUCCCUUGUCGCUGCUCUCUUUUUGGCGUCUUACAACCUCCUCCCACUCCUUUCCCCGGCCCCGCCUCCUCCUGCAGGUUCCUCCCCGUCAUCCCUUUCCUCCCUCCUCCUCCGCACCUAGCCUGUCGUCCGCAAACUUCCACCUGAUCGUGCGGGACUCUCGGACCUGAGAGCACUGAAGACCUUUCACACCUGCCGGGGCGACAGAGAGCUGCGGAGGGCCACAGCGGAGAGAGCGGCUGCAGCCCCUACGGGGUUAAGGAACCCAGGUGCUCCGGGUCUCGGAGGGCCACGGCGACAAUGACAGCUGACAAGGAGAAGAAAAGGAGCAGCUCAGAGCUGAGGAAGGAAAAAUCCCGAGAUGCCGCAAGGUGCCGGCGCAGCAAGGAGACGGAGGUCUUCUAUGAGCUGGCUCAUGAGUUACCCCUGCCUCACAGCGUCAGCUCCCACCUGGACAAAGCCUCCAUCAUGCGCCUGGCCAUCAGCUUCCUGCGGACACAUAAGCUCCUGUCCUCAGUCUGCUCUGAAAAUGAGUCUGAAGCCGAGGCUGACCAGCAGAUGGAUAACUUGUACCUGAAAGCCUUGGAAGGCUUCAUUGCUGUGGUGACCCAAGACGGUGACAUGAUCUUUCUGUCGGAAAACAUCAGCAAGUUCAUGGGACUUACCCAGGUAGAACUAACAGGACACAGCAUCUUUGACUUCACUCAUCCUUGCGACCAUGAGGAGAUCCGUGAGAACCUGACUCUCAAAAAUGGCCCCGGGUUUGGGAAGAAGAGCAAAGACAUGUCCACCGAGCGUGACUUCUUCAUGAGAAUGAAGUGCACAGUCACCAACAGAGGCCGGACUGUCAACCUCAAGUCGGCCACCUGGAAGGUCUUGCACUGCACCGGGCAAGUGAGAGUCUACAACAACUGCCCCCCUCACAAUAGCCUCUGUAGCUACCAGGAGCCCCUGCUGUCCUGCCUCAUCAUCAUGUGUGAGCCGAUCCAGCACCCGUCCCACAUGGACAUCCCCUUGGACAGCAAGACUUUCCUGAGCCGUCACAGCAUGGACAUGAAGUUCACCUACUGUGAUGACAGAAUCUUGGAACUGAUCGGUUACCACCCCGAGGAGCUACUUGGCCGCUCUGCCUAUGAGUUCUACCAUGCCCUGGACUCGGAGAACAUGACCAAAAGUCACCAGAACUUGUGCACCAAGGGGCAGGUGGUGUCCGGCCAGUACCGGAUGCUAGCCAAACACGGCGGCUAUGUGUGGCUGGAGACCCAGGGGACAGUCAUCUACAACCCCCGAAACCUGCAGCCUCAGUGUAUCAUGUGUGUCAACUAUGUCCUGAGUGAGAUAGAGAAGAACGACGUGGUGUUCUCCAUGGACCAGACGGAAUCCCUGUUCAAGCCGCACCUGACAGCCAUGAGCAGCAUCUUUGACAGCAGUGACGAUGUGGGCGUGUCUGAGAAGAGCAACUACCUGUUCACCAAACUGAAGGAGGAGCCCGAGGAGCUGGCCCAGCUGGCCCCCACCCCAGGAGAUGCCAUUAUUUCUCUGGAUUUCGGAAGCCAGAGCUUUGAUGAAUCCUCGGCCUAUGGCAAGGCCGUCCUCCCCCCAGGCCAGCCAUGGGCGGAAGAGCUGAGGAGCCACGGUGCCCAGAGCGAGGCUGGGAGCCUGCCAGCCUUCACCGUGCCCCAGGCAGGCACCCCCGGGAACACCACACCCAGUGCCACAAGCAGCAGUAGCUGCUCCACGCCCAGCAGCCCCGAGGACUACUACUCGUCUCUGGAGAAUCACUUGAAGAUUGAAGUGAUUGAGAAGCUCUUUGCCAUGGACACGGAGGCGAAGGACCCAUGCAGCACCCAGACGGACUUCAAUGACCUGGACUUGGAAACCCUGGCACCCUACAUCCCUAUGGAUGGCGAGGACUUCCAGCUGAGCCCCAUCUGCCCUGAGGAGCCGCUCAUGCCAGAGAGCCCCCCGCCCAACCCCCAGCACUGUUUCAGUACCAUGACAAGCAUCUUCCAGCCGCUAAGCCCGGGGGCCACCCAGAGCCCCUUCUUCCUGGAGAAGUACCCACAGCAGCUGGAAAGCAGGAAGACAGAGCCCGAGCCCUGGCCCGUGCCUUCCAUCUUCUUUGAUGCCGGUGGCAAAGGGUCCCUGCCCCCAUGCUGUGGCCAGGCCAGCACCCCUCUCUCUUCGAUGGGGGGCAGAUCCAACACUCAGUGGCCCCCAGACCCACCAUUACAUUUCGGCCCUACAAAGUGGCCUGCGGGCGAUCAGAGCGCCGAGUCCCUAGGAGCCCUGCCCCUGGGGCCGCCGCCGGUGGACUCUCCGAGCACUCCGCCUCAUGUCUCCAUGUUCAAGAUGAGGUCUGCCAAGGACUUUGGGGCUCGAGGCCCAUACAUGAUGAGUCCAGCCAUGAUAGCCCUGUCCAACAAGCUGAAGCUAAAGCGUCAGCUGGAGUACGAGGAGCAAGCCUUCCAAGACACGAGUGGGGGGGACCCUCCAGGCACCAACAGUUCACAUUUGAUGUGGAAACGCAUGAAGAGCCUCAUGGGCGGGACCUGUCCUUUGAUGCCUGACAAGACCAUCAGCGCGAAGGUGGCCCCAGAUGAAUUCACCCAAAAAUCCAUGAGAGGCCUGGGCCAGCCACUGAGACACCUGCCACCUCCCCAGCCACCGUCUACCAGGGGCCCUGGGGAGAACGCCAAGACUGGGUUCCCGCCACAGUGCUAUGCCUCCCCUUUCCAGGACUACAGUCCUCCAGGAGCUCCCAAGGUGUCAGGCGCGGCAAGUCGACUGCUGGGGCCGUCGUUCGAGCCUUACCUGUUGCCGGAACUGACCAGAUAUGACUGUGAGGUGAACGUGCCCGUGCCCGGAAGCUCCACGCUCCUGCAGGGGAGAGACCUUCUCAGAGCUCUGGACCAGGCCACCUGAGCCAGGGCCUCUGGCUGGGCACGCCCCUGCCCCGCCAUCUCGGCCUGCAGCUUCACCUCUGUCUGUGUUGCAAUUAGGUAUCUCUAACACCAGCACACUUCUUACGAGAUGUACUCCCCUGGCCCGCGGGCCAGGUCACCAAGCAGUGGCCUUUAUCUGACAUGCUCACUUUAUUAUCCAUGUUUUAAAAAUACAUAGUUGUUUUACCUGCUAUGUUUUACUGUUGAUGAAAGUGUUCUGAAAUUUUAUAAGAUUUCCCCCUCCCUUGAAUUACUUCUAAUUUAUAUUCCCCAGAGGUUUCUCUCUCGCACUCAUAUCCAUACUAACAAGUGUGGUAGCUGUGGCCCCUCCUCAAGAAAGCUUUGGCUUCAUUCAACUAAAGUGUUCUUGUCCUUGUUGCCAAAGAGAAAAGGAUUUUGCUUUCCAAGCUCCAUUGUGGAUUCUCUCUCUCUCUCUCUCUCUCUCUCUCUCUCUCUCUCUCUCUCUCUCUCACACACACACACACACACACACACACACACACACCCUAAUCACCAUAUUGUAAAAUUUAGUGUUUUAAAAGCCAACUCUUUUCUCCGAUUUUCAUACGACUUAGUAUGGGGCAAAAAAAAAAAAGCCGCGUAAAGAGUCCGCUCCAGGGUUGCCUGUGAGGCCCCACGGUGGAGGGCCUAGGCUGUUUGGUGAUGAUCCCAUCUCACCCUGGGGCCAGUGGAUUUUGUUUUUAACUGUUAUUCAAAAGCAAAACUGAGUUUUGUUUUGUUUUUUUUUUUAAAGAAAAAUUUAUAUCCGGAUAUAGUGUUUAUCGUAUAUAUGGGUACUUUGUAAUAUCUAAAAGCUUAGAAAUGGAAUCCUGCUCACAAAAAAAUCACUGUUAAGAUCUUUUUAGGGCUGUUAAUUUUGUUUUCCUCAGUGUUCUGGACACUGUAGACCUGCGCAGUGCUCCCACAGGCCUGACUAACCACCACGGAUCUUCUCUCUUUCUCUCUGGUGACAUUUCACUUUUGUGAUAUGGCAGUGGUGUGACAAGCAAUCCUGGGAGUGAAGUCAUGAAGCCAGCUUCUCUCCUCGUGUUCUGUGUAUCGUGUAUGUGUGUGCUGUGGCCGCCGCCGUGGGGGCUCUGAAGGCACGUCACAGGCUCUGAGGGCACAUCGCGCUCGGCAAGGAAGCUUUCACUUUUUUUUUUU